AUGCCGCCGCUGCCGCCCAGCCGUGGCUGCGCCCAAGCGGCGCCGGCGGAGGCCAGCACCAACAGCAGCACCGGCUCCGACGGCCUGGCCCUGUCUGACAGCGCGGUGGAGCGGCUGAAGGAGCUGCAGGCAGAGUCGUCGGGCCCCGUGGCGCUGCGCGUGACCGUGGAGGGUGGCGGGUGCAGCGGAUUCCAGUAUGAGUUUGCCAUCGAGGAGGGGGCGGCCGCGCAGCAGCUGGCGCCCACCGACCGCCUGUUUGAGCGGGACGGCGUGCGCCUGGUGUGCGACGACAUCUCCCUGGAGUUCCUCAAGGGGGCCGUAGUGGACUUUGAGAGCGACCUGAUGCGGUCCGCCUUUGUGAUCCACAACAACCCCAACGCCGCCAGCAGCUGCGGCUGCGGCAGCAGCUUUGUCGCCAAGUAG